AAUUCGAUCCGAACCUUGCUUGCACAUUUGAUCCACAGAUCGUUUCCUCGUCUGAGAUCGGCGGCGCGGCGAUGGAGUACGACCAGGGCGGCCGCGGGCGAGCCCGCGGCGGCGGGGCGCGCGGUGGCGGUCAGGGCCGAGGAUACGGCCCUCCUGGGGGCGGAGACGGACGGGGUGGCGGAGGCGGCGGCUACGCGGCUCGCGGCGGAGGUUACGCUCCUCGCGGAGGCGGCGAGGGGCGGGGACGAGGCCCUGGUCCUCAGGGAGGCGGAGACGGCCGCGGAGGAGGCGGAGGCUACGGUGGAGGCGCGCCGCCCGGUGGGCGCGGUCCUGCUGUCGGCGGACGCGGGUACGGGCCCGCCCCCGGGCGUGGCGGGAACGCGUGGGGGCAGCCCGGAAGAGGGCGCGGGGAUUACGCCCCGGCGCCGGCGACGGCGCAACCCGCUGCGCCGAGGAGGGUCGAGGCGGAGGGGGCAGGGCGCCCUUCUGGAUCCGUCGAACGCAUUACCUCCAAAGAAGUGGCAAAAGUACAGCCAUCAGCUGCCCCAGUUGCCGUGUCUCCAAGUGGCGGACGGGUGCCGAUGCGAAGGCCUGAUUCUGGAGGAGCAUUAUUUCAAUCCAAGGUCAAACUUUUGGUAAACCACUUCAUAGUCAACUACCAAAAGGUGUCCACCAUUUUUCACUAUGACAUAGAUAUCAAGUUCGAUCCAGCAUCUCAAAAGGCUUCAGGCAAGGAGCUGUCCAAUGCAGAUUUUCUUUCUGCAAAGGCUGAGCUUUUCAAGGAUGAAAGCUUUCGGCAGCUUUCAUCGGCUGUUGCUUAUGAUGGAAAGAGAAAUCUGUUUACUUCUGCUGAACUGCCAGAAGGUUUAUUCCGUGUCAGAGUUCGUUCCAAGACCUACAUUGUAUCAGUGGAGUUCAAGAAGCAGCUUCCUUUAAGCCAACUCUCAGAGCUUCCUGUGCCUAGGGAGGUCUUGCAGGGUCUUGAUGUCGUUGUGCGCGAGGCUUCUUGCUGGCGCAAGAUAAUACUUGGCAAGGGAUUUUACUCACCCGAAAGCAGUUACGAUCUCGGGCGGGGUGUUGUGGCUAUGUCAGGAACUCAGCAGACCCUUAAACACACUCAGAAAGGGCUGGUCUUAUGUGUCGACUAUUCAGUUAUGCCAUUUCGCAAAGCUGGAUGUGUCCUGGAUCAUGUCAAGCAGAUCAUAAGGUCCCUUGACUACAGGACAGCACUAAGCAAGGAUCAACUGAAAAAUUUGGAGUAUGAGCUCAAAGGCCAACGUGUUACUGUGAGCCACCGGAGGACCAAUCAGAAGUACACUAUUCAAGGCUUGACUGAUUUGCCUGCCAGCCAGAUCACCUUUUCAGAUUCGGAAUCAGGGCAGGCGAAGAGGCUUGUUGACUACUUCUCUCAGCAGUAUGGCAAGGUUAUUGAGUAUCAGAUGCUUCCAUGUUUGGAUUUGAGCAAGAGCAAAGACAAACCAAAUUAUGUGCCCAUUGAGCUUUGUAUUCUUCUUGAAGGGCAGAGGUAUCCAAAGGCAAAUUUGAGUAAGGAGACUGAUAAACAGCUGAAAGGCAUGGCUUUAAUUAAAGCAGAUGACCGGAAGCAGAGGAUUAUGGACGCAGUGAGAGCUAGAGAUGGGCCUUGCAGGGGAGAAAUAGCUCAACAGUUUGGGAUUUCUUUGGAUCUAGAGAUGAUGGAAGUCACCGGUAGGGUCCUUCCUCCUCCAUCCCUGAAACUUGGUGGCACCACGGGUGGUCAGCCCAACAAAUGCAACGUUGAUCAGAAUUGCCAGUGGAACCUUGUGAGGAAGAAGCUGGUAGAGGGCAAAGAACUCAAGUGUUGGGGUAUUGUCGACUUCAGUGCAGGGCCAUCUCACUCCAGGCAGCAAUCGCUUAAUGGUCCCAUGUUUGUUGAUUAUAUCGUCAGGAAGUGCUGUGACGUUGGCAUUCGGAUGUACAAGGACCCAUUUUUUGUGCAUCUAUCAGCAAUGUCAGUGCUAUCGGAUCCACGCAAACUGUAUGAGGAGCUCAACAAUGCAAAGCAGGCUGCAGUGAAGAAGAACCAGAAGCUGCAGCUCCUCUUCUGCCCGAUGUCUGAGCAGCAUCCUGGGUACAAGACACUGAAGCUGAUCUGCGAGACGCAACUGGGGAUCCAAACCCAGUGUUUCCUGAGCAACAUCGCAAACAAACCCCAGGGCCAGGACCAGUACAUGUCCAACCUUGCCCUGAAGAUCAACAGCAAACUCGGGGGCAGCAACGUCCAGCUCUAUGACCGGCUUCCACUGGACACCGGUGCGCCUUUCAUGUUCAUCGGUGCGGAUGUGAACCACCCUGGACCUGGUAAUGUGGAAAGUCCAUCCAUAGCAGCCGUGGUUGCAUCCGUUGAUCGUGGGGCCAGCAAGUAUGUGCCUAGAAUCCGUGCCCAGCCGCACCGCUGCGAGGUGAUCAAGCACCUUGGUGAUAUUUGCCGAGAGCUCAUCGGUGUCUUUGAGAAGAAGAACGGCGUUAAGCCUCAGAAGAUCAUUUACUUCCGCGAUGGCGUGAGUGAUGGGCAGUUUGAGAUGGUACUUAACGAGGAGCUUGCAGAUAUGGAGAAGGGGAUCAAGGUCAAUGGGUACUCGCCAACGAUCACAGUGAUCGUGGCCAAGAAGCGGCACCACACACGGCUGUUCCCAAAGGACAAGAAAGAGGCACAGUUGAAAAAUGGCAACGUGCUUCCUGGCACGGUGGUGGACACCAGCGUGAUCGACCCUAUGGCCUACGACUUCUACCUGUGCAGCCACAAUGGGCUUAUCGGGACAAGCCGGCCCACACACUACUACAGCCUGAUGGAUGAGCACAACUUCAGCUCGGAUGCCCUGCAGAAGAUGGUGUACAACCUCUGCUUCCUUUUCGCUCGCUGCACCAAGCCUGUGUCGUUGGCGACGCCUGUCUACUAUGCCGACCUGGCGGCGUACCGCGGCAGGCAAUACUACGAGGCAAUGAUGGCGUCCCAGCCCCAGGCACGCAGUUCUUCAUCCUCGGCAUCCUCUGUGGGUGGUGGUUCUGAGUUUGGGAACUUCCCGACACUGCAUGUGGAUCUUCAGGACAACAUGUUCUUCAUCUGACACCGGCUUUGCCACCUGUGUGUCACUUAGCUUGGUCUGGUAAUAUAUAUACAAACUGCUCCGUAUGGUCUAAACUGUAAGCUUAAAACGUUUUUGUGGUUGUGUCAUUGUGCGUGUGCGUCAGGUCUGUGUCUAACUAUAGCUGCUAUGUUGCCGUGUUGGUUGCCUGACGUCUUUUGCAGUCAGAUGUGUAGCCAGGACGGCUUUGACAUACUUUGGGUGAUGCCGGCGUUUUAUAUUCUGGUAAUGAGCUGUCAUGAAGUUUCAGCGACUUUUGGUUCAUUACAUGAACUGUU